CGCAGGCCCCGCCCGCGUCGCUGUCGCCUAUGGGUCUGAGCUGCGGUUUGAGGUGGAGCUGCUGCCGCCAGAAGCGCGUUACCUUGCACCUGGGAUAACGAUGUGAAGCAACACUGUUCUGGAUUUCAAAAGACAUCAUUUCAUCAUGGGACAGCAAAUUUCGGAUCAGACACAGUUGGUUCUUAACAAGUUACCAGAAAAAGUAGCAAAACAUGUCAUAUUGGUUCGAGAAAGUGGCUCCUUAACUUACGAAGAAUUUCUUGGGAGAGUAGCUGAACUUAAUGAUAUAACUGCUAAAAUGGUCUCUGGCCAGGGAAAACAUCUUAUUUUUGAGGUACACCCUGGGUCUGACUCCUCUGCCUUUUGGAAAAUGGUUGUACGCGUGGUCUGUACCAAGAUUAACAAAAGCACUGGCAUUGUGGAAGCAUCACGGAUCAUGAAUUUGUACCAGUUUAUUCAGCUUUAUAAAGACAUCACAAGUCAGGCCUCAGGAGUAUUGGCAAUGAGCUGCACCUCUGAAGACCCUGAUGAAAACUCAUCAUCUGUAGCAUCUUGUCAGGCUAGUCUUUGGAUGGGAAGGGUGAAGCAGCUGACUGACGAGGAGGAGUGUUGUAUCUGCAUGGAUGGUCGGGCUGACCUCAUCCUGCCUUGUACCCACAGCUUUUGUCAGAAGUGCAUUGAUAAAUGGAGUGAUCGACACAGGAAUUGCCCCAUUUGUCGCCUACAGAUGACUGGAGCAAAUGAAUCUUGGGUGGUGUCAGAUGCACCCACUGAAGAUGAUAUGGCUAACUAUAUUCUUAACAUGGCAGAGGAGGCAGGCCAGCCCCUUGUACCAUGACCUUGUGACCUUGGGGUGAAGGUCUUCUGUUGCUAUUACAAACUACAAACACUUCGGUCAUGGGGGAAGAAUGCAGGGAUGUUGUGGCGCAGACACAGAGAAAUUAGUUUUCCCUACCGUCUUAUUUUCACUAUUCUGACAGUUUGUCCCAUUUCUUUUGACAAACUUGUCACGUCUUCCAUUUAUAGUAAACUAAAAUUUGCUACUGUUUUAGACCAUAUUUUUCUAUUAUUUAUCUGUUCUAAUAUAUAUUAGAACUAAUUGCUCUUGAAUCCUUUGCUGAGGUAACAGCAACCUUUCCAGAGACUUCUGAAACACUAUUUUUCAGGGCAGGAGUAUUCUGGAAUCUGUUUAGUUAGGUUUAAAAUAAACCUUGAAAGUUAAAAAGUUGUAGCCAUCUGAGAGAAAAUUUGAAGUGACUGAAAAUGUAGAGUACAUCAAAGUGCAUGUUACUACUGGAGUCUUUCUGCUGGAAUCUAAGGAGUGUGUAUGCCCCCUUGUGGUUAAUUAUUGCUCCUUUAAUAAUUUUUACUUGAAAUGGUCCAUAACCAUAGGAUUUCAUAACCAUAGCAAUGUGUUUUGGAACUACAUGAGUUUUUUCCCAUAUUGUAUAAUUUGGGUGAGGACUAUAAAGCUGGGCGUGCCUUUGCCUUGUAAAUGGAUUUCUGCUGGGGAAUCUUCUUGGCUAUUCUGGAAAUGCUUUCCCACAGUUGAAAGACUGUUCUAAAUAGCUUUUGAUAAUGCUCAUGCAUCUCAGAGUUUCAGAAGGAAAUUUUUCUUCUUCACAGAUCCUGAAUUUUGUAUUUCCAAAUUAUGGUAAAUCAUUCAAUAUUGGUUCAUGGUGCCUUAAUUUUCUUAACUUGAAGGCAUCUUUCUGAAGUCUCAAAGUCUUUAAAUUUCUUAUGUCAUUAAGAGAGAAGAACAUAGGAUAUAGCCUUGUAAACAUGUACAGUGAACACCUCUGAAAAUUAGGAGAUAAUUUGGCUUUCUACUGUUUCACUAUACUUCCUUUGAAAUACUCAAAGAGUAUAGUCAUAAUGGAAUUAUGAUUUUUAGUGACACUGUGUUUUUCAAAACUUUUGCUUUAUGUUAAGCAUUAACAUGUUAGCAUAUAAUAAAACUAGAACUUGAUGUCUCCUUUAAAAGAGAUGGUAACUUUUCUGACUUAUUACUGGUAAGUUGCAAAUAUUACUAUUUUACAAAAUACCAAAGUAAACAAUUUAAGUUGCUGCUUAAUGAUGGCAGAAUUUUUGGAUAUUGGGAUUUUUUAAAUUAUUUUUUUUAAGUUUAUUUAUUUAUUUUGAGAGAGAGCAAGCAGGCAGGA